AGAGCAGUGUUUUGAUUUAGUACUCUGGAAAAAAGUAAUUUCUAUUUAUUCUGCACAGUGUAAUUAUUUUUAUUCUAUCCAACAAAACUAUUUAAUGACUCCCCUUUCUCUUGAUUCUAAUCGCGUAUACAUAACUAUACGAAAUACUCUGUUUUACUUAUGAGGUCAAUGACACUCUAUUGAAAAUGACAGUGUAUUUAGUGUCGAUAUGUAGUAAGAGCAGACAAUACAAAUGAAAACAUCCCUGAAUAGUGAAUCUCAGAAAAGUACAAUGGUAAGCAAACAUACGUGUUUAAACAGAAAUUAAAAGAUAUGGAAGUACAAGAGGAUUGUACACUUCGAAGACAGCCAGUUCGUCGUUACCAAAAUGAUUACAAAUCUGAUGGACAUGUGUCAACUUCAAUGAUGGUCAAUCAGCCACAGUAUUUAAACGUAGGCAGACCUACAGUUCGAAUAGCUGUAAACUUAAUGACUGGAGUUUUUCUAACAAUGGAUAUCGAACAGAAUUUUACUGCCCAACAAAUUCUUGCAAUAAUACAGACUGAAGGAGAACUAGGACUAACAAGAGCUCCUUUACUAACUGGACAGACAGUGUUUGCUCUAUGGCUUUGCUCAUCAAGACUAGAAGUUCAAUUACGUUCAAGCCACAAACCUAUAGAAUUGGCAGCAAAGUGGAACCGCUUAGUGAGAAAAUAUAGUUCAGAUAUAGAAGAGACUGAUGAAGAACCUUUAUUAUGUCUCAGGAGGAACGUAUUUCUUUCGCGAUCGGAUGAGGAACAGAUAAAGGAAGCUAAAGUGCUAGAAUUAUUAUAUGCAGAAGCUAGGAAUAAUGUACUGCAAGGACGCUAUCCGUGCGAAGGUCAAGCACGAUACGCGAGCUUAGGAGCACUUCAAGCACGCAUCGAACUCGGCCCGUACAAUCCUCAGAGUCAUACUCUAGCAUUCUUUAGAAGACAUCGUGGUCGGUUUCUACCGCAUCACUACACUUCUCCCAGUUUGCUGUUGGGACUAGGCCUUGGAUUAGGUUUGGUGGGAGGAAAAGGAGCACCAGAGGCACGCCUUCUCGAACAGUACAAACGAAUACCUAAUCAUACGGGAACUAAUACGAAUUCACGGAAACUGAUCAGAAAAUACUUGGAGUUUUGUUGGAGUUUGCCAUGUUACGGAGCAGCAUUUUUUCAAGGGCAGAUCGAACGUCCUGUAAGAGGUUUAGCGUCAUGGAUCACGAAUCGCGAUAUGCACGUACUUAUAGCUAUAAAUUCAUCAGGAGUUUAUAUCGUCGACGAUAUGCAAUGCAGCUUACUACUGGGAUUGAGAUAUUCAGAACUGAGUUGGGAAAUGGCAAAGCCUUCCGACGAGGGUAAUCUAGAUUGUCUACCUUGUCUAUUCUUACAGUUUCCUGUACGAGAAAAUGGAGCACGAGUUUAUAAAAUUCUACAAGUAUUCUCACGACAAGCAAUAAUGAUGGAUACGUUGAUCUCUGGUUUCGCCGAGGAACAUCGUCGUCACGGGGCUAAUGGUGAUGUUGCAAACAUCGAACGUUUAUCUGAUCACUCGAUAGGUUGCAACACAGGAAGUUUUACAAAUAAACUUAGUAAAUUUACAUUGGCCACUUUCGAUGACGAAGGUCGAUGUAUCGGACAAAUGGGCUCAUGGUCUUUUCAAUAAAUGUAUUUAUUUGAGUUGCGUAUGACUUCUCUCAUAUCGCCAUCAUUAUCACUAGAAACAAUCGAUUUCUUACCUGUUGCUUUCAUGUAGUUUUUUGGAGUGACGCCAGAUAUGGACUUUGUUGCAAGUGAUUCAC